UUCAGUGGCUGUAUGUAAAAGAGAGCGUGUGUGCGAAUGGUUGUGUGAGUGUGAUCCACGAUGUGUUCACUCCGCUCUGACACUCUGCUCAGCACAUGCUAGUGUGUGCACCAUGAAACCACACGCUGCUCUUCUCUGCUCUGCGUUCUUCUCCUCUCCUUUUCUUCUUUCCAUUCGUUCUAUUUGUUCUGUGAAAUGAAGACUCCACACUUUGUCCUCCAUCGGCUGCUGUAUGAAAUCAUUGGUAUAUUCUCCAUGUAAGGGCACAGGGGAGACACGCUGCACUAACGAUAGAUGGGAAAUGCCUCUGAAGUAACCUUUGUGUCCACAAUAGCCAAAGAGUAUGACUUUCUCCUGGGGACUGCCUACACCAUCUUCGGUGUGUUCUCUCUGAUGGGGAACACCAUCUUGCUGCUCGUGGCAUAUCGUAAGAAGUCCUCCUUGAAGCCAGCUGAGUUUUUCAUCGUAAAUCUGUCCAUCAGUGACCUGGGCAUGACCAUCUCCCUCUUUCCUUUGGCCAUUCCCUCUGCUUUCUCUCACAGGUGGCUCUUCACUGAAACAAUAUGUUCCUACUAUGCAUUCUGUGGAGUUCUCUUUGGCCUGUGCAGUCUGAGUAAUUUGACCGUUCUCUCAUCCGUCUGCUGGUUUAAAGUCUGCUGCCCCAACUAUGGUAACAAGUUCUCCUCGUCCCAUGCCCUGCUGCUGGUGGUGGGGGUCUGGUGUUAUUCUGCCAUUUUUGCUGUGGGUCCUCUGUCUGGCUGGGGUCAGUAUGGCUCUGAGCCGUACGGGACGGCCUGUUGCAUCGACUGGUAUGCCCCCUACCACAGCCAGCCUGCCAUGUCCUACAUCAUCUGCCUCUUCUUCUUCUGCUACAUCGUGCCGUGCACCAUCAUCUUCCUCUCCUAUGCCUAUAUCCUCAUGACGGUGCGGGGGUCCCAACAGGCCGUGCAACAGCAUGUCUCCCCGCAGAACAAAAUUGUCAAUGCUCAAACCCUCAUCGCGAAGCUCUCCGUGGCAGUGUGCAUAGGCUUCCUGGUGGCAUGGAGUCCAUACGCUGCCGUGUCCAUGUGGGCAGCCUUCGUGAAUCCGAACAUGGUCCCUCCUGUAGCAUUUGCCUUUGCAGCCAUUUUCGCUAAGUCCUCCACCCUUUACAACCCUAUGGUCUACCUGGGCUUCAAGCCCAACUUCCGCAAAUCCCUCUGCAGGGACGUCGCCAAGUGCAAGCGAGCUUUGUGCCCAUGCUUGUGCCGGUCAGAGGCGGCGCAGAAGAGCACGUGUCAUUCUUCGCAGCACAGCAAAGAGGAGUGCCACUCCACCCGGCUCUCCAAUGGACUUCAUGAAAGUCACCGGACCUGCAGGCACUGUCCAGAUGGUAGCAAAGGUCCAUGCACGGACACUACUCCGCAAAGAACAGCGAUGAUUCUUACUGGAUCCACACACAGCGAGGUGGUGGUUAGCCAGCUGUCCAAUGAGAUGCAGAGUGACUUUCUUUAGAGCAAGGAUGAACUGGAAAGACAGUUUUGAGAGUUUAAACAAAACCAAACAAAAAAAGAAACAGAUGGGAUUUGUACAGAAAUGAAAAGAGAGAUGACAGGAUGGGGUCAUUUUUUUAGGUUCUGCAUGGAGAUCCAUCCUGCCUCCUCGCAGGAAAAAAUAAGCCUCAAAUAUUUUGAUACUGCCAGAUAUAACAGUAUAAAGCAAACCAAUGAACAAACACAGGCAUGGGGUUUUUAGCCUGUUAUCUUGUGAGUGACUGUAUAAAAUUUGGAAUUUUAAUGACAUUGGUUUGCUUGGAUUGAGCACACCUGUACACAAUGGAGGUGCAUCUGCCAUUCAAACGAGCUUUGGGAGAUUCUCCAUCUGUUCUGCACUUUCCUGUCUGCUGAUGCAUUCAGAAGGUCAAUUUCUGGUGCACAUGUAGUCAAUACUGCUCACAACUUUGGAAUCACCUAUCACAAUACCUCUGGAUAUUUAAUAACUCAUACAUUUUUUUCAGCAUUUCAAGUAUUUGAAAUAGCAAGUUCUGAAAUGGGUGUCAUUGACGUUACAUGCAUUUUUGUGUCCAUUAUUUUCCAAAUAAUAUAUAAUAAUAUAAAAUAACAGCAAAUAAUAUAUACUAAUAUAAUAUAUAAUAAUAACUCUUUCAUGCGGCCAGUUUUGGUGCAUCCAUUUAAAUUUAAUUUUAGUUUAUUUUUGCCUGCAAAAGUCUAAAACUGUCAGGUGAUGGAUUCAUUUGUGUUGAUUAAGUAAAGUAUCAAAAAAAAUGCGAGUAUAAACUCAAGUUCAAGGACAAAGUUUCUACUAGGUUGAAAAGUCAGGUGACACAACCAGUGCGUCAGCUGGUGCAACCAGACAAUCACACUUUCAAUAACUGAAAUAGGAAAAGCUUUGAUAACAUUAUAUCACUAUAACUAUACUUAAGAUAUAAAAUACACAUGGAUAUAAAUGCAAAUAUACGUGCAGAUAUAUGUGCAGAUAUGCACAUUAUGUCUAUUUUAAUAAAUGUUUCCUAAGUUCAAUUGAAAUCAUUUCUUUUGCUGCAUUCAUCAUGACACUUUAACAAAAGCAAAGGGUAACUGGAGCCUUUAAAUUAUGCAAAAAGUAAAAAUAAAAAAAUAUGGAUGUACAAUGUUUUUGCAAAACAGCAACAGUAUGUUAGUCGUAAUUUCUCCUCUGGAACCACAGUUGUACUAUAGCGACAAAAUAUUUAAAUAGCACUUCAUAGUAACAGGCCUUAAUGAUGAUCAAAUUAUUCAACGCAACAGCAGUCAUCAGUGACUGCUGAAGAUCUGGCUGAAGGUCAGGCUGCAAAUAUCCAAAAAUUGUCAAAAAGUAGGAAAAUAAAAUUAUAAUGCUACUUUCUGCUAGCACCCCUAUGGGAUUCCAGUAGCAUCUCCGAAAGGUCCUAACCAAUGCGAGAGCCUGCUUGGCUGUAUCUACCUAUAAACAGCAUUAAAAAAUCCUGAUUGGACAAUUUUGUUUCCACUUAAAACUUUGCAAUAGAAUUAGAGUGUUACUGUAGUACUUCCAGAGUUAAAUUUCAGGCAUAUUAACAAGAUUUUCUAUAUUUUUUUUAUUUUACAGAAUUCAUGAAGGCUUUCCUGAAGACUUUCUAUCUAAUCAAUAAAAUUAUAAUUUCAUUUAGAUAUCAGGAGUUAUAUAUAUUUAUUCAUAUUUGUAAAAAAAUGGCAAAACCAAAUUGUAUCAAUUUAGGUUUUGAUUCUGUUUUUCAAAUCUCUUCUGGAUAUUAAUUUCAUUAUAACUUGUAGAACUUUCAUCAUUCUAGAACUCUAGAACUUAGUUUUACCUUUCCUUGCUGAUGAAGUAGCAUAAUAGCAUAUCAUAUACAAUAUCAUAUUACAACAAUUUCAUACAAAUCUGCAAUAAAAUUAGUAUUAUAUUGAUAUUGAUAUCAAACUUCUGAGCGGUGAUUCCAAACCUUUAGCCGGCAGAAUCAUCUACUAUCAUUCUUCUUCUGCUUUUAUGGCUAUGCAUCCCAAGUGCAGGGACAGAGACCCUGAGAUGAAUUCUCAACGGGUGUAACAAAAUCAUUCUUAGGGACUCUUUUCAACCAAGCCUCAAAUCUAAGACUUAUGUUUAUGCUAUAUUUAAAAUACUUGUGCAAUGUUAUGGUAUACCUCUUGUCUGUCCAUCUUUGGUCAGGUGACUGUGAAUGUCAUUGUAAUGAUACAGGUUCCUUUGGCAAAUGAAAUUACAAUUUAUUUAAGUUUCUUUAAUUGGAAAGAGGCCUGUGUGUAUCUGUAAAGCUGGUCUGAAAUAAACUGUGCAUCACUGUGUAUAUAUAUCCUUCAUGUCAGGUCACAGAAGGUGGAACUGUGUGAGAUUCUAAACUAUCUAAUCAUUUUCAUGAAGUCUGAGGAAUACAACAAAAUAUAGUUGUGUGCAAAAGACCGCCCAGUCGCUUAUUUCAUUUCCAGUCAAAAUGGUCUUUACCACAAAUUCUUCUCUGUGGAAAAUGAAGGCCCUUUAACACCAAGUCUGAUUUUUACAGGUGUUUAAAAAUCAGGCUGACCAAAUAGAGCUCUGUUGUUAUGGUUACAGCCAAAACAAAUUAGCAUCAGGAUGGCAGCAGAACUCGUCUUGCAUCUAGCAGAACGCAACAGCUUAUGCAAUAAGCUGACUAUAAAAAUGCAGAUGUGAAAGAAAAUAUUUGGCUCAGCUGAAAGGGCAGAGAAUGAUAGUGAGUACCUUAGACAGUCUGUAUAUAGCCAUUUUUAGUUUUUCUAGGUUCAGGUUAAUCUGUUCAUGCCCAUGAUCAUUUCACUUGAUAAGAUACCAUUUUUGCAGUGUUUAAAUGAGAGCAGCAGUAAGCAGAAGCAGAGCUUGAAUAGAGGGAGAUGAGCUCAGUGUGCGCUUUUAAGUACAGUGCUUCAAAGAAAAAUGAUGAAUUAAUGAUCACUGUUUCUCAAAAAAUUAAUUCCUUUUAUUCUCUUUCAUGUUAUACACAUUGGAUACGGUGUCAAGAUUCUACGACAUUAAAAAUCGCAUUUCAAUUUCCAUUUUGUUUGUCUGAAAAAAAAAUCAUACUUGGUGUAAAAAGGCAUUUAUUCCCUCGAAAUAGGUAGAUUUGCAGCUUAAUUUACAAACAUGUUUUACUGAAGAAUUCAUGAAAGCGCUUUACUGACAGACUUCAGCAGCUGCCCGUUGACUAUUAUAUGUCAGAACAAAACAUCUUCCCAACUUUACAGGAGAAGGAAAAAACACACUUUAUUUGAAUUUUUUUCCAAGUCAUUUUGUUUUGGUCCAUACAUCAUGAAAUUCACACACAAUGUAAAGGACAAAAAUGUUCAAAUUAUAUCAAAAACUGAAAAACGUCAUAGAGAUAUGAGGUUCCGACAGCAGCGAUAAGUGCUGUGGGUCAGCAGGUUCUCUAUUCUCCUUCAAGUACUUAUGGCUGUUCAUUGUAAUUGACUGUAUGCUACAGGUCUUUUCUGAUCUGAGGGCAUUUUCUUGAUUUUCUUUUUUUAAAUUCUUCUUUCGGCAUGAUUCAACAUGAUACCCAUGGUGUGGAAAGGGUGGCUCUACACAUUCAGGAAAUGUUUACACUGCUUUUCUGUGCUGUAUUAUCACAAAGAUAGAGAAUCAGAUAUAGAAACUUUGAAUUUGACAUGCUGGCAGUUUGUAGAACUCAGAGAGUUAACCUUCCUGAACUAUUGCAUCUUCCUGAGUGCAAAAAUCUCUCUAGGAAAUGCCUUUUUUCAGUCUAAAAAGUAGCUAUGACUGACCUCUGGGUUUGAAGCAUGGCAAUGGAACACCCUGAGACAAAAGUGUGCAGUACACAGACAUAUGCCGACUGUUUUUCUAGAAUCUGGUCAACGUUCAAUAAUAAAAACGCUUAAGCACUGAUAUUACCAGUUGCUAUCAUCAGUAACCAGUGAGGAUAUCAUAAUACUUAUGCUGAAUAUCAGAAUGAUGCAUCAACAAUAAGGCUAUCAUUGUAGACAUGAAUUAUUUACUAUUGCUGCACAUGUCCAGCAUCAUAUGAAAUCAUGUUAGUAGUUACUCAUACACUUACUGUGUGAACAUGACAGCAAAAAUUGUAAUUGCAAUCUGUGCAACAUGAAGAUUUCCAUGGCAGGGACGAGAUAAAAAUGAUGCAAUGUAAUAAAAUAUUUCCCUCAAACUUGAGACAGUUCUUAAGGUAUGUGUCAUUUUAAAAAUUGCAGUCUCGUGGGCCUCAUCAUUAUUGUUGGAGUUGCUGUCUGGAUAGAAAUAUUUGGUUUGCAAUGUGUAGAGUGUCCUUUAUUGUUUGUACCACUCACCUAAUUCAUCACCUAAAAUGGUCCAAGCUUGAGCCUGAGUUAGAGUAGUAAAUCAAGGUAGAUAAUCAAGAACUCAGCACAACUGACUUGACUACUGUCCUUUUGUUUGUCAGUAUGCAAAAGAGGAAAUAUAACUGCAUCUCCAGUUAUGGUGAUCUUGAACUGAUUUUCAACAUUAAA